GCUACUUUACGUAUUUACCAGAACCUACCAUUAUAUCUGAUUUCGAGCCAAUGGGCAGCUGUGGAUCACAAGCAAAUCGAUAUGAUGAUGUUAGAGGCUCCUGCUUCUGAUACAUAUACCGUUUCAACUAGGACCAUCCGAUCAGAAAAACCCCGAACACCAGAUUGGUACACCUGUGCCCCCUCCCCCGGAGGCUACAAAAAUCAAGCCGUCUCGUUUCGGUUUAGAUUUCACGUUCCCCUCCGAGUUGAUAACACCCCUGCGUAAAUUUUGGUAGAGUAUUCCUACCACUGUCAGCCACCACAUCACCCCCACCCCCAUAGAACGCAUAUUCCCACUUUCUCGUUCGUGACCGCUCGAUAUCAUGUCAAACACUGGCGGAAGCCAGGUAUCGAGGAAGCCGAAGAUUCUGGUUGCAUGCUUUGACGGUACCGCAGGGCUUUACAAUGCGUCGAAUACGAAUGUCGUCAAGUUCGUCUCAUUAUUAAAGAAAGAGACGGAUAGCCAACUCUGCUAUUACCAGGCUGGUGUUGGGACGUAUUUUUCUCCUGGAGUGGUAUCCCCCAUGUUCAUUUGGCUCGCGAAGAUGUUGGAUGAGGCAUUUGCGUGGUAUCUGGACGCCCAUGUCAUGGAAGGUUACAGAUUCUUGAUGGAUAACUACCUGCCUGGUGAUAAGAUUUGUCUUUUCGGUUUUUCCCGAGGAGCAUAUACCGCACGUGCGUUGGCGGGAAUGUUGUACAAGGUUGGACUGCUUCCAAAAUCCGACCUCCAACAAAUUAGCUUUGCCUACGAUGCAUAUAAGACGACUGGCGUACAAGCAGAUGCGCUUGCUGCAGGAUUUAAGCAGACAUUUUCGCGUGACGUCAAAGUGGAGUUCGUAGGAGUCUGGGAGACCGUACAAAGCACUGGAGUGCUCUGGAGUCAGACACUCCCAUUCGCAGACUCUAAUUCCUUGAUCAAGACAUUUCGACACGCUUUGGCUCUCGACGAGCACCGCGUUAAAUUCCUGCCAGAACUUUACCGUCGGCCCCACACAGAUACACCUGAUCCGGAAUUUGUCGAGAUGUCAAGGUUAUUUGAAGUUGUUACAGCUUUGGAAGACAAUGUUUCCGAUGAAAUUGGUUCAUCUCAGAAUGAACUCCUUCGAGGUAUGAAACGUGCGAAGAAGUUCGCGGGGAAGAAGAGGUUUCAAGGACUGAAGCGUGGUUUCACCAAGAUAAUCUUGCGCCAGCAAAGCACAACCGAGAUUAUUAUUGAUAAGCCUGGGGAAAUCAUCAUCGUCAAGGACCAGACAAGUGUGGAAGUGCUCGACAUUCCUGACACAGAGCCGACACUGCCAACAGAUGUUAUGGAAGUCUGGUUCUCGGGAUGUCAUAGUGACAUAGGUGGCGGAAGUGUUGAGAACUCUGUCAAAGUCUCGUUGGCGCAAAUCACUCUUCGCUGGAUGGUUGAGCAGGUCAUCCUGUCUAACUGUGGCAUCUUUUUUGAUGAAGAAGCUCUUGAGCGCGCUGGCAUGCCAUUAUCAAGCUUUCCUACUUCGCAAACGCCUCCUGCUACUGAGGAUCCGACCGGCAAGUCACAACUGAUGAUGGACAACUCCCGUCUCAGUGCUGUGUCUAUCGAUGUUGUGUCCUCUUUCGUAGAAGCCGUACCCUCACCCGCCCCUUCUAGCUCUUCCACCGGUCCCCCCACUACACCCUCACCUCCAAAUCCUGAAACUUGCGAUGCUCUAGCUCCUUUGUUCGACCAGUUGCAGCUUCAGAAGGCUUGGUGGCUUCUUGAAAUCUUGCCCCUUCCAUGGGCAUGGCAAGAUGCGCAUGGCAAAUGGCACAAGAAAUGGAGCUGCCAUCUGGGUAAAGGUCGCGUUAUUCCCUACCAGCAUCCCAAAUUUCAUUCAUCCGUUGAGGAGCGUAUGGACUACGCACCCUUGAAAUACACGCCACGAGCGAUAUACCUCCACGAUCAAGUGGUUUAUGUAUGAUGAUGACGACGACCGGACUUCCAUACGAUAGAAACCUUUCGAACCCGUAACACGAAUACCCUGAGGGAUAUUAUUAGCGUUACGCUGUUUGAGUGAGUUUAUGCCCUGUAAUAUUCCGAGACUUCCAUAACUCGCUUUAUGAUUGUAUUAAUAAUGUGACCACACGUUUAAGUCGGUACC